UGCAAACACUGUAGGGCCCGCUUCCGGUUCGAGUACCCGGAACCGCCGCCUCUCGGGAUGGACGAACCAAUUCCACACUGCUGGGGCUGCGCAUGGAGGACUGGACCGGAGUAUGGGGCCAUGAGCAGCCAUGGCUGCCAAGGACGCCACCCUGUGGAUGGGGAGGAGAGAAAGAAGAGGAAGGUCAGGCUCUGCGGAAGGCUGAGAGAAGCCGCUCCUGCUCACGGGAGAAAAAGGAGGGUUACACUAAGGACAUGGUGACAGACUUUGAUGAGAAACAUGAUGAGUAUUUAAUAUUGCUUCAGCAGAGGAACCGGAUAUUAAAGCAUUUGAAAACCAAGGAUCCCGUGCAGCUGAGGCUGGAACACUUGGAGCAGGGGUUCUCUGUCUACAUCAACGGGGCCAAUUCUGAGCUGAAGACGUCGCCACGCAAAGCCGUCCACUGCGACUUCUCCAGAGGUGCCUCACAUGCCGAGGGGACACACGAUUACGGACGAAGAGCCCUGUUUAGAGAAGCUGAAGAAGGCUUAAGACGUGGCUCCCGGACAGCCCCCAGCAAAGUCCAGCGCCGAGGAUGGCACCAGAAAUCUGUGCAAAUCAGAACAGAAGCUGGCUCGCGGCUCCACAUCGAACCUCCUCUGGACUAUUCUGAAGAUUUCGAGUCAUGUGGGGAAGUGAAUGUUGAGGCAAAGGAUGCUUCUGGGGAUCGUCCACAGGAUACCAAGUCUCCCAUCAGCACUGUGCCCUGCGAUUUUAAUUUCUCUCUGCUGAACGCACAUGGACAUCCCAACCCUCCGAGCAUCAUGGACAAAGAAAGAAUCCUAUUAACUAUUCAUGAUGUGAUGGAGCUGAGAAAAAGCUUAGAGCUUAGCGUAAAUCUACAAAGGAAGCAAAAGGAUUAUUCCAGUGAUGAGUACGACUCCAUUGAAGAAGAUGUACUCUCUGAGCCCGAACCAGAGGACCAGGCACUGAUGGGCCAUCCCAGAGAUGACCCCCUUCUUUCAAGUGGGGACUCAAUGCAAAAGGACCUUCCUGAGGACCAGGAGGCAGAAGGACACCCUCUCCAGGGCCCAGAUACGCUGGUGGUGCUGGGAUUUAACACGACUUCCAAAAGUAGUAAAAGGGAAAGGCAUUUAUCUGCUAAACGGAAGGACAAUGCUGAAGUCUUCAUUCCCAGCAAAUCUGAGCCAACCCUGAAUCACCAGCCCCCAACCAUACUCCCAGAACAGGAGAGGCCCUGCUCCAGGCCCGGAAGCCGACGAGAGAGACCCCUGUCAGCAACCCGAAAAACCGUGCUCAAGGCUGAGGACCGGGAGGAAGACGCCUCGGCUGUGCUCAGAGCCAUCCAGGUGGAGAACGAAGCCCUGCAGAGGGCGAUCCUCCGCAGAAAGGCUGAGCCUCCAGCCAGCCAGCUGCAGGAUGCAGAGGAGCCUCCGGCAAAACCGCAGGCCAGUCUGCUGAAGGGCAAGGAAGAGACAUUGUCCCUUGAGCUGCCUCCCAUCAUCACCUCGGCGACCACCAUGCAGGAACCAGAGCCUGGGCCUGAGCCAUCCAGGGCAGCAGAGGGAGCCAGAGGCAUCAGUGAUGCCGGUGAUAAAAGCAGCCUUUUGGGAAGCAGACAACAGCAGAAGCUUCUGAAAGUCCCCCAGGCCAUCGAAAGUGACUCUACCCCCCUCAGCCGGGGGCUUUCACCCACUGAGGAGCAAGUGCCAGACCCAGAGGAUAAGUCGAGGACCAAAGUGGAGGAGAUCAAGGAUGCCGUUUACGUGACCAUGGAAAUCCUGUCCAACUGGGGCGGCACAGCAUGGGUGGGGCUCACGGAAGUCGAGUUCUUUGACCUUAACAACACCAAGCUUUAUGUGUCACCUCGUGAUGUGGAUAUCCAGAAUGCCAGCACGCCUGGGGAGCUGGGCCACCUUGUCAAUCGGAACUUGGCAAGCAAGAAGGGCCUCCCUCUGUGGACAUGCCCCUUCCAGCCCCCGCUCCAGCUCUUCUUUAUUGUCCGCAACACCCAACAGCUGCACGACUUCCGGCUAGCCAAGAUCAAGGUCUGGAAUUACUGGACGGCUGAGGGCGAUCUUGACAUUGGUGCCAAGAACGUGAAGCUCUAUGUCAACAAAAACCUCAUCUUUGAUGGCAAGUUAGACAAAGGUGGUGGAGAGGCCCCUGCUGACCAGAGCAUCUCAGUGGACCUGAAGAAUGAAAAGAAUGAGAGGAUGGAGAACGCUGUUAACACUCACUUAGAAGACAGCGAAGAUGCCCACAAGAUGGCUGCCGCAGAUGGGGACAGAGAGCUCAGUCUCCAUCGCUCCCAGCCAGCUGGAGUGUUAUUGGAUUCGAAGGUUUCUUCACAAGAACAUUUAUUUGGUGAAAGAGUGAAUUCUACUAACUGCAUGAAGGACAAUUUGUCCAAGUUAGAGGGAGGUUUAAGAAUGUUAGCUGCCCCCAUCUUGAUGGAUGAUGUCCCUAGUGACCCUUCCCCAUCCCCACCUGUGAAAUGCCCUUCUCUUGAGGAGCUCUCUCUGAUCCAGCAACUGGAAAACCUCAUGGGCAGGAAAAUAUCUCAGCCACCAGGGAAAACCCCAUCCUGGUUACAACCUUCUCCCAAAGGGAAAGGCAGGAAGCAGGAAGGCAAGAAGCCAAAACCUCUCUGGCUUAGUCCUGAGCAGCCGCUGGACUGGAAAGGCCAGCUUCUGUCAGAGGAUGGCAUUGAUACAGGUCCUGGAGAGACUGAGGCUGGGGAUAAAGGCACCAGGCGUGAGCAAGGAUGGGCAAACAGCAGGAGCAUCAUCACUGGCGACAGACCCCAGAGGGUAACCCCCAGAGUCUGCAGGGACGACUUAGACAUCUUUAAGCUGCCGUCCAGCAGAGAGCGCCCUGCGAGUGGGAGGAGGAGCUCCAGGAAGGAUGUCCUCAGCAGUAGUCAUGGUGAUGACCAGCCCACCAGCAGAGAAGACGCCGUGUCCACCCGGAUCCUGCCAUGGUCCCUGUGGCGCAGCGAGCAGGAGCACAUGCUGCAUGAGUCAUGGAACUCCCUCAGUGCCUUUGACCGCUCCCACCGGGGGCGCAUCUCCAACAUGGAGUUCCAGGGAGACAUCCUGGAUGCAUUCCUGCAGCAGCAGAGAAGCAGCCGGCAGAAUGACCUGCCAUCUCCCGGGAAGGAGGAGAAGCCAGAGCCACUGCAGGGCCAGGAUGACUGCUCCGUAGAGACAGACGAUGGCAGUGACUUUAAAAUCCCCGUCUUGCCUUAUGGACAGCACUUGGUCAUCGAUAUCAAGUCAACAUGGGGGGACCGACACUACGUCGGCCUUAAUGGAAUAGAAAUAUUCACUUCCAAGGGCGAGCCGGUGCAAAUCCUGAACAUUAAAGCAGACCCCCCUGACAUCAAUAUUUUACCGGCAUAUGGGAAAGACCCCCGUGUGGUCACCAACCUCAUCGACGGGGUAAAUAGGACCCAGGACGACAUGCAUGUUUGGCUGGCGCCCUUCACGCCAGGCAAGUCCCACUCCAUUGCCAUUGACUUCAUGCACCCUUGCCAAGUCGCCCUGAUCAGGAUUUGGAAUUACAAUAAAUCGCGGAUACAUUCCUUCCGCGGCGUGAAAGACAUCACGAUGCUGCUAGACACGCAGUGCAUCUUUAAAGGAGAAAUCGCGAAGGCCUCGGGAACCCUGACGGGAGCCCCAGAGCACUUUGGAGACACUAUCUUAUUCACCACCGAUGACGACAUUCUCGAAGCUAUCUUCUGCUCUGAUGAGACAUUCGACGUGGACACGGAGAGCCUGUGCAGCCUGCAGCACGAGGAGGCGCUGAGGAGGCCCAGCACGGCCGACAGCGAGGGUGACAACAGGCCCUUCACCCAGGCUGGCCUGUGGGCUGACGCCCUGGUCCCGGAUCCAGAGCUGUCGCCCAGUCCACCCAUCCCUGAGGUCACCACACCAGAGCCAGGCGUCUACCAUGGGCUCUGCCUUCAGCUGAAUUUCACUGCCUCCUGGGGGGACCUGCACUACCUGGGGCUCACAGGCCUGGAGGUGGUGGGCAGGGAUGGCCAGGCACUGCCCAUCAGCCUGCACCAGAUAUCUGCCUCCCCCAGAGACCUGAAUGACCUCCCCGAGUACACCGAUGACUCCCGCACCCUGGAUAAGUUAAUCGACGGAGCCAACAUCACGAUGGAGGAUGAGCAUAUGUGGCUGAUCCCCUUCUCGCCGGGGCUGGACCACAUGGUCACGAUCCGCUUCGACAGGGCUGAAAGUAUCGCAGGCUUGCGUUUCUGGAACUACAAUAAAUCUCCCGAGGACACCUAUAGAGGGGCCAAAAUCGUCCACGUCUCCCUGGACGGCUUGUGCGUCUCCCCUGCGGAGGGCUUCCUCAUCCGGAAGGGGCCGGGGAACUGCCACUUUGAUUUUGCUCAAGAAAUCCUCUUUGUGGACUACCUGCAGCCUCGCCUGCUGCCCCAGCCAGCCAGGAGGCCCCACAUGAAAAGCCGGGAGCACGCAAGCAUGGACUACGAGGCACCGCUGAUGCCGUGUGGCUUCAUCUUCCAGUUUCAGCUCCUUACCAGCUGGGGCGACCCCUACUACAUCGGCCUGACCGGCCUGGAGCUGUAUGACGAGCGAGGAGAAAAAAUUCCUCUAUCAGAAAACAAUAUCGCCGCCUUCCCAGACAGCGUGAACUCCCUAGAGGGCGUAUGUGGGGACGUCCGAACCCCUGACAAGCUCAUCGACCAAGUGAACAACACCAGCGACGGCAGGCAUAUGUGGCUGGCUCCCAUCCUGCCGGGCCUGGUGAACCGGGUUUAUGUGAUUUUCGAUCUGCCUACCACCGUGUCAAUGAUCAAGCUGUGGAAUUACUCAAAAACACCCCACCGAGGGGUGAAGGAGUUUGGCCUCCUGGUGGAUGACUUGCUGGUGUACAAUGGGAUCCUGGCCAUGGUGAGCCACCUGGUGGGGGGCAUCCUGCCCACAUGCGAGCCCACAGUGCCCUACCACACUAUCCUCUUCACCGAGGACACGGAGAUCUGCCACCAGGAGAAGCACACGACUAUCAGUAGCCAGGUGGAGGAUCAGGACGUCCAGAUGAUGAAUGAGAGCCAGAUUGUUACCAACUCUAAGCGGAAGCAGAGUGCCGUUGACCCAGCCUUACGCCCCAAAACCUGCAUAAGCGAGAAGGAGCCGGCAAGACGGUGGCGGUGCUGAUUGACCCAGGGAGAGCAGCCGCCAGCCAGCAGAGAGCGGGUCCCCACCUCCCGCCAGGGCUCUGCCCCUGGCUUCCCACAACCAGUGUCCCCUGUCCACAGUCCUCAGUGUGGGCCAGCCCGGACCCUGGGGCUGGAAGAGAACCACCGCAGGGAAAAGGAACUUGGGGAAUGGGAAGCCUGGGAGAUAUAGGCGUUACAGGCAGGAGGAAGCAGGCUGCCGCUGCAGGCCUUGAUGUGGCCUUUGGGCUUCCCCUGCAGUUCUGAGGCCAGUGGCAGGAGCCCAGGGGCACUUCCCUUGGUACCUCUCCUACCAAACCCAGCAAAUCAGGGCCCAUGUCCUCUCAGGUCUGCCCUGUGAUACCUGGACUGGCCCUGACUUGGACCAGGACAGUGAGGUGGACGGGGAGACCUCCCAUCAAGCCUGCUUGGGGCCCAGCUCAUGGCUUAAUCUGAAAAACCAAUCAAUACCAGCAUUGUGUGAGGAGCGUUGGGGGAGGCCCUGCCCCAGGCCCCACACACACUGUCUGCACAUCUCUGCCUCGUUAGGCGGCCAACACAGCUGGCUGUGAAGGUGGGAUUGUUUCCUGGCCCUCGAAUUUCUGGUCAGGACUGCCACAACCCCCUCACUCAUUCUGGGCCCUGCCCAGGCCCAGUCAAGAAAGACGGGCCCCUCAGGGAGCUGGGUGUGUAGGUCACUGUCCUCUGGUCAGAACUGACAAGGGCUGGCCCAGGGCUGUGUCCCGCUGAGGAAAGGAGUGAGCUGUGCCCACUAGGUCCCUCUGACAUGCCAAGGGCAUUUCUACAGUGCUGCAGGCCCAGAAAGCAUGGCGGGCAGGUGGGCAAGCAGCUUCACAGCCCAGAGGGUGGCAGAAUCCACCAGAUGCACAGACCUGGGCACAGGGUGAGGCAGAGGAAGUGGACUGUGGCCGCACCAGAACCUCACCCCGGGCCAAAGAGGCACACCUCCUUGUUCCCUUACUCCGUGCCCUUGCCAUCUUGCUCAGGAUCUGCUCUCAGGCUUUCGGGCUUGCUUUCUGCCUCGGCCCCGGUGCCCGACUCCUCCCUCUUCCAGCCCCUUCCCAGCAAGUUGGAAAUGUGCCUUGCACCCACAGCCGCAAGGAGCCCAGAAUGCAUCUAUUUCCAUCUAUGUAACAAGCUUGGAUCGGGGACCUAAUUGGUUUCCCAGUGGUGGGUAAUUUCUCGUUCCAAAUAUUAAUCCGUUGUUUUCCUGGCACCCAGCCCAGCCCGCCGCGAUACUGUACUCUUAAGUACGUUCCUAUGCAACUGAGAGCCCGAGCAAAUACUUUAUGAGCUUUGCAGCUUGGGCGGGAGCAACUAUGCAAAUGCGCUUUUCAUUUGGAGCUUGGGGCUGAUGCAAAGAUAAGGAAUUGUUUCUCCGGAGCAGAUCCAUCAUUCCCAUGGCUUCCAGGCCCCCAGCUUCUCUGCUCACCUCCCAGAUGUGGCGGGCAUCUCCUGGACCACUUCCCAGGGAAGUCUCUGCCGAUCAAGCCAGCUCUUAGUGACCAAAGCCAGUGCUGUUGCUUUAAAAGAAUCCAGCUUUCCAUUCCUGCCCAAGGCAUCAGUAGGGUCAGAUUUGUCAGGGAGAUUGCACAAAUACUACACACACUCGCUCCCAGAAUCUGAGCUGAUGUUUAUAAUAAUUGUAUGUACCAUGCAAUUUAGGAGGGAAAAGAGGUUGUACAGGCAUUCACUCUAAAAUAAAUUUCUAUUUUUUUCUCUUGCAAAAUCAAUAAAAGAUGUUAUUAAGAAUACAGUCUGCUGCACUAGAUUUGGGGUCAGAAGGGAGGGAGCCCUUGCUGCCUGCAAAAACUGAAUCAGAGAUCACUUGCUGCUUGCUGAGGGGCCCGGGCAAGCCCGCUCUGAUCCCUCCUUUCCCCUCUGCAAAUGGGGUUAUGACUAGACCUGCCUCCUUGGCGAGUUGUCGUGCUGCGUCAGACAGAUAAUAAUAGCCAGUCCUCAGGGAGAGGUCGUGACGCGCCUGGCGCUGUUUCAAGCACUGACCCACUGAAUCCACUUAACAACCAUAUGAGGUAGGCACUAUUAUUUUCCACAUUUUACAGAUAAGGGAGCUGAGGCACAGGGAGGUUGAGGAACUUGCCUAAAAUCACACAGCUCUGGAAAGUUUUAGUCAAGGCAUAAAUCCUGGGAGAGCCCGGGGAGGACACAACCCUAUGGGCUUUGGCCCUGGAGUUUCCCAGAUGCCUGUUCCCCACGUCCCUUUGUCCUCCAAGGUGCUCAUUGGCAUCUCUUGGCUUCUGG